AUGCCGCGCGGUAUUCUUCUCACCUCGAAUUUGCCCCAGUUGCAAAACCUGAUCAAACGGGACCCGGUCGGAUAUCAGGAAGAGUUCCUGCAGCAAUGGAAUCACUACAACAGCAUCCGCCAGAUAUUCCAGACGAGCCCCGACGAGCAGGCGAAGCACUUUCGCGAACUUAUCUCGUUUAUUGCUCAGGUAGCGCCGUGCUACCCCAAGGAAACCGCCGACUUUCCCUCACAUCUCUCGUCUCUUCUUCUCGACAGCCAUGCCAUCCUUUCGCCGGACUUGCGCAAGAAUCUGGUGCAGAAUCUGGUUAUGUUAAGGAAUAAGAAUGUUAUUACCUCCAUCGAAUUGCUGCGUACACUUUUCCCCUUGCUGCCUCGCACCACCUCGUCGACCCUACGAGCCUCGAUUCGUAACACCAUAUUAUCUGAUAUCCGAAAUGCCAACACUCCCUCAAAAAAUCAUAAACUCAAUCGGGCGGUGCAAGCGAUGCUCUUUGGUAUGGUGGAGAAAGGCAUGGAAGCCGAGGUCGUAGGUGAUAAGGGAAAGGCCAAAGCAGUAAAGCCCUCCAGUGAUGGCUUGGGAAAUAACGGGGAUGAAGCAAUGUGGGCUGUGGUCCUGACGACGGAACUGUGGAAGAAGGGGAUCUGGAACGACUCCAAUUGCGUGUCGAUCAUAGCAUUGGGCUGCUUCCACCCUGUCGUCAAGGUCCAAAGCGCGUCCAUCCAUUUCUUCCUGGGCAGCGAGGACGAACUGUAUGAAGACGAGGACGAGGAUGCUAUCCCCGACCCAAAGUCCUUGCAACACCGACGAGAGAUCAACAAGAAGACUCGUAGCGGCGAGAAGAAGCUUCGAAAGACGCUAAAGCAAAUAAAGAAGAAAAAACAUCACAAGGCCGCAGAGAAUAAAACCAACUUUCCGGCUUUGCAAGUUCUCAACGAUCCGCAGACCUUCGCCGAAAAGCUCCAUGAUUCGCUAGCCCGUCACGACAAGCGCUUCUCCCUGCCCCACAAAAUUCUAAUCAUGCAACUCCUUUCCCGCGUUAUGGGCGCGCACAAGCUCUGUGUGCUGUCCUUCUACACGUACAUCGUCAAGUACCUCACGCACCACCAGCUGCAGAUCACCGCCAUCCUCGUCGCACUUGCGCAGUCCGUGCACGACCUCACCCCGCCGGACUGCCUCACGCCGGUUGUAAGGAAGCUCGCGCAGGAAUUUGUACACCCUGGUGUGGGAAGCGAGGUAAUCGCCGCCGGCUUGAAUUCGAUUAGGGAGGUAUGUAGGAGGCAGCCGUGGGCAAUGGAGGAGGAUCUCCUCGGAGACUUGGUGGAGUAUAGGAAGAGUCGGGAUAAGGGCGUUAUCGCUGCUGCGAGGGGCCUUUUGCAGCUUUAUCGGGAGGUCAAUCCAGGGAUGCUGAAGAGGAGAGAACGGGGUAAAGAAGGCUCGAAGGCCAUAGGUUCCGGCGCGCAGCCGUUGCCCUACGGUCACAGUUCGAAGCCUGCCGAGGACAUCGAGGAUCUUGUGCUUCUCGAAGACCACUUGCGCGCCUUACGCCGCGAAGAGGGCGUCGAAUCAGGCGACGAAGGGGAAGAGGUUGACGAGGAUGACUGGAAGGGCUGGGAUGUCGAGGAAGAUUCCUCGGAGGAUAGCUCGGAUGGUGAGGGGUGGAUAGACGUGGACUCUGACGGGGACGAGAAUAUAGAGGUCAGUGAUAGCGAGGACGAGCAGGAAAAGAAGGCUGCGAAGGAGGACGCGAAGCCAUCGCAAGGUGACGCUCCAACGCCUGCUCCUGAAGCUGGACCAAGUCGCGUGUCCAGCUUGGCCACCACUAAGAUUCUUACUCCGGCCGACUUCGCGUUACUCAAUGACCUGCGACGACAAGCGGCUGCAUCAGCAGUCGAAUCUGGCUCGGGAGGCAAAGCCGCCAAGCGCAAGCUCGCCGCGCUCGAGAAGACCAAGUCCACCGCAGCACAGACCGGCAACCUUGACUCGACAGCGUUCAUCUCCGAGCUGGACAUCAUCGGCCCGCGCAAGAAGAGCAAGGCGGAUUAUGCAGAGCGCAUCGCGAGCAUCGAGAAGGGCCGUGAGGGCCGCGAGAAAUACGGGAGCUUGAAGGGGAAGAGGAAGAAAGAAGUGGGGAGUAGCAGUACUAAUCGGGAGAAGGCCAGAAAUAAGCCGAUUAUGAUGAUAUUGGGGAGUGGGAAGGUGAGGGGGAAGAAGAAGGCGAGUUUGAGGGAGAAGCAGCAAAAGCUGAGGAAGCAUAUUGACAAGGGGAAAAAGGCAUACCACUGA